CAUUGUUCAAGUCAGGCAAGAACAUUUCUUUCAUUUUUCUUCACUGGCUUUGAUUAGUCUAGCUAGUGAGUCUAAAAAAGAGCACCAUUGGUUUGGAGGUCAACUGGUCAAAGGGGGGAACUUCUCUUCAAUGCACGCAGUGCUACAUCGUUGAUCAUCUUUCAAUUUGACAAAGAAAAAGCUAUUCUGUUUGAUCUAAUUGAUUACAUGAAGGUUAAGAGAAGCAAGUGCAUGUUGGGGAGACAGACUUAAAGUCUUAAAGUGCAUGUUGAUCAUGAUGGAAGGUUCAGAAAGCUUCACUGACACUGCUUUCUUGGUCUCUUGAAGACAUAUGUAAUGAAAACCUUUACAAGCACCAGGUUGGAAGCCCUGAAUCAUUUCAGUCCGACCUUCAUCAAUAUUUUGCAUCUUACAAAUAUCCUUUAUUGGAGGACACUCGAGCUCAACUGCAAUGCAGGAUCGGAACCCUGUAUAAAGCACCAUUUGGUAAAGUAAUUUCUAUACAAGAAUCCAAUCCGCAUGGAACAAAGCAAUACAGUGUCAAAGUUGAUUCUUGGAGAAACAGUGUCAUUAAGGAAUGCAAAACUAGGCCUGGGGAUCUUUUUAUUUUAGCAGAUGCUAAAGCUGAAAGUGUUUCUGAUUUACAAAAGGAAGGGAGAUCAUGGGUGUUUCUAAUAGCCAUUGAAGUAUUCCCAAAGAGUAGGAGUGAGGAUGAUGGUACUUCUCUUCAUUUUAAGGCCAGAACAUCAAAAAAGUUUGACGUCAACAGUGGCAUUCCGACAUCAUUGUUUAUCAUUUUCUUAGAGAACAUAGGCCCAAACAUAAGAAUAUACAAAGCUAUGCACAUGUGCACAAGUGCUAGAUGGAGGGUACAAACUACACUACUUUACAGUUCUCAGCUUUCAUUUCUCUUUAAUUUCCAAAAACUUCUUAUUUUGUUAAUUAUUUCCAAAAAUUGUUGUCCAACUUUGGUAGGUGAUUUUCAGUGAUAACUUUCUCAAGUCAUUCGAGCAAUGUACUGAUCUCAUUUCGUACAAAGAUGUCAAUACUCAGUUUGCUACUUAAGCUUUCCAGUGGCUGGAGGUCUAAAAAAAGUAAUGUUGAUAUAGUUUGUAGAAGCUCUUCAAUGAUCGUGAAAAAAUUCAAAGUGGAAGGCCUAUAUAUUGUUUGUUCAACUGAUGUUGUAAAACAUUUGAGAUACAUGCAAGUUUUAAAAAUAUGGGACAUAUUGCCUGAUCUGUGCAGUAUCCAAUCACUGGUAAAUCGCUUAGACUGUUUUUUUGUGAGACAUACAGAUGGUUUUAUCAAGCUCUGCUGCAUGAAGUAUUUUGAGGGUAACUUGGAAGUUCCAAUGAUCUGGCCAGCCUCCUUGGAUGUCAUCCGAUAUAAGGAUCUUUGCGUCACUAGUGAUUCAGUGGAUGACGUGUCUAAGGAUGAAAGUUAUGUUGAAAAUUCAAAGGGCAGAGAGUUGGUUCUCCCAUUUGAAGUUACUGACGAAGAAAUGGAGGCCAUACUUUACAAUAGAAGUACAUUCAUAGCUGGGCGAUCAGGCACUGGGAAGACCACUGUUUUAACAAUGAAGUUAUUUCAGAAGGAACAGUAUUACAAUAUGGCAGAGGAAGGAUUGUAUGCUGUCGAGCAGAGUUCUGGAGGUUUUAAUGCAACUGUUUUACGUCAGAUAUUUGUAACAGUUAGUCCAGAACUCUGUAUUGCCGUUAAGCAACAUGUUUCAAACUUGAAAAGGGACUAUGACUUUGGAAAGCUCUGGUGUUGAACUUGGACUGAAAAGAGCUAGGAAGGCAGGUGAGGUUUUCGCCAAGUCUAGCCACGACAUUGAGGUAGGAAACAGUGACAAUAAAGCUAUGAAUCAGAAGUCGAGCGGAAGGAAGCUGCCGACUGGCACUCUCUCCCUGGCUUGGUCCGGAGUUGUGGUCGUCUCGCUUCUCGCCGGAGCCUUCGUCGUCCACAGUGUCUACAAGCUCGAUCUUGUACUCUCUCUCUCUCUACAUUAUUAUGCCUCUUUUGGUUUUACAAUUUCAUUAUGAAUUAGUGCACGUAAGGUGUUCGAUGAAAUGCCUGACUCAACUUGCAAUCGAUGAAAUUUGUAAUGGUCUAAAAUUCUACCUAGGAGGCAUUAGAAGGCUGGUGACCGACUCGAUUUCUUCAAAAUCAGGUGAAGUAGGCUGGAAUUCAGCGGGCUUGGGCCAUCCUAGGCAGGCGUGGGCGUUGCUAGGCGGGUCUGGGCGGGGCUAGGUGCUUGUCGUCUCUCUCUUCUGAGUCAUGUUUCUCUUUGUCUCCAUCUCUCUCAGUUCGCAACCCUCUCUCUCUCCCUCCCUCCCUCCCUCCCUUCAAGUUUCCGAGUAUGUUAUGAAGCAUCAAGUAUUCAAAGAUCUGUGCUCCAUGCCUCUGUUUUAGU